CCAGUCUAGUUCAAAUUUCGCUUCGCGUCGACAGACAUCACUGAUCGUUGUGCGCUCUUCGAGUUCGGAUCUACUUUUCCCGUUUUUACUUUUUCGAUCCGGUGAAGUCUCUCGCCUGAUUCCAAAAUGCUGGCCCGAAUUAGUGUUGUUUUAAAUCGUACUGAAUGGGCAUGCGCUCAAUCACAGGUUCGUUGUUUCAAAAUGGCCGCCACUGGAUACCAGAACGGAACCGGUGGCACGGGGAAACCGCAGCUCUCCCAAUGGUUUAUUGAUAGAGAAUCAAAAUAUGGUGCUCAUAACUACCACCCGCUUCCUGUGGUCAUAAACAAGGCAGAAGGUGUCUACAUGUGGGAUGUCGAAGGAAAAAAGUACUAUGACUUUUUGAGUGCUUACUCAGCCGUGAACCAAGGACACUCACACCCGAAGAUUCUAGAGGCCCUCGCGGAACAGGCAAAAACCCUUGCCCUGACGUCACGAGCUUUCUACAACAAUGUCUUAGGAGAAUAUGAAGAAUACAUGACGAAAAUCUUCGGUUAUGACAAACUACUUCCCAUGAAUACUGGUGUGGAGGGUGGUGAAACUGCCUGCAAACUGGCCCGGAAGUGGGGGUACUUGAAGAAAAAAAUCCCGGAAAAUCAAGCAAAGAUAAUCUUCGCCGAAGGAAACUUCUGGGGUCGCACGUUGGCAGCUAUUUCAAGCUCCACUGACCCCUCUAGCUACGCAGGCUUUGGGCCUUACAUGCCCGGCUACAACAUAGUUCCUUACAAUAAUUUAGAAGCGCUGGAAGUAAGUGAUAUUCCACGGUUACAAUCUCCUCAUAUUUUCUGUCUUGUAGAUAUAUUCGUCGAGAGAAAAAGAAUAGUUAUAGCGUGUCUAUAG